AUAAACAAUAGUUCAAUACAGGAUACCAGGCCUCCAGCCUCCACCCAUCCCGUCUGAUCAGUUAUCUCUGCAAAGCUUGCAACAAUUUUCCUGCGUUCGUUGAAACUUUGUUAACAGAAAUGUAAAAUUACGGUUAUAUCAUCAGUGAUAUGUAUAAAUAAAUCCUCCCAGCUUCAGAGAAUCACCAGAGAGGAACAACACAUACACUUGAAGACGACGGAGGCCUAAAGGGGACGAGCAGAAGUUGGAGAAUCAGCAUUCUUUUAGGGUUCAUAGGCCUGGCUGUAUACGCCAUAGGCUUCAGCACAGACCGCUGGUGUCAGGUGGACUCCGAGCGACAACUGAACCAGUCAGUGGAGGUCAUCGACGCCCACUUCGGCCUAUGGAGGAAAUGUGAGCGAAUUACGCUACACCGUGAGGUCAUUAAAGACGACUGUGAGACACAGGAUAAUGAUGAGA